GUAGCUGGAUUGUAAAUAAAGAGAUUCCAACUUUCGCGAUGGACGAAAAUUGUAUCAAAGAUUUUCCGUUUGUAAUUGAACAGCUGGAUCCAAAAGAAAAUGAGGAGAUAUCGGAAAAUAUACGAGGUUACAAGACGGAGUUUAUCCGGAUCGGCCCCAAAAAAUACUUCAUCAUGAAAAAGUAUGCGUCGGUAGCCGAGGCUAUUUACAACUUACCACCGAAACCUGAAGACACUUUCGUUAUUACUUACCCUAAAUCAGGAACAACUUUGACCCAAGAAUUAGUAUGGUUGAUAUGCAACAAUUUAGAUUAUAAGACCGCUGCGUCAACUAUUCUCAAUAAAAGAUUUCCAUUUCUAGAAGCGUCCGCGUUUGUUAGCGUGAAGGUAUCAGAAGAUAACGAAGACGUCGUGAAGAAUCGCUUAACGACAAAAACUAUUGAAAAUAUAACAGAAAUGCCCUCGCCGAGAUUCAUCAAAAGCCAUGCACCUUUAUCGUUACUGCCACCAUCACUAUUGGAAAAUUCUAAGGUUGUAUACAUGAUGCGUGACCCAAGAGAUGUUGCUGUUUCUUACUACCAUCAUCAUAAGUUGAUUAAAAUGAUGAAACCUGAUCAAGAAUUUAAACCAUUUUGGAAUUACUUCAUUUCGAAUAAUAUGUUUUGGACUCCCUAUUUUGAACACGUGCUAGAAGCGUGGAAAAAAAGAAAACAUCCAAAUAUGUUAUUUUUAAUUUACGAGGAAGUCACUAAGGAUUUGCCAGGAGCAGUACGACGUGUGGCGGACUUCUUCGGUAAAACACUUUCAGACGAACAAGUUUGCAGACUGGUCGACCAUCUCAGCUUUGAUAACUUUAAGAAGAAUAAAUCUGUCAACAUGGAGAGCUUGCAGCAAAGUGGUGUGUUUACGAUCGAAGGUGCUUUUGUGAGAGAAGGUAAGUCAGGCGGAUGGCGGGAAUAUUUCGACGAAGAGAUGACGGCUCAGGCGGACGAGUGCGUCGCGACUUUUCAUGGCUGAACCUCUGAACCAAUCAAGAUGAUUUUGUAUAAUUUGAUAAAUUGUACCUUGGAUAUAGCAGAUCAUAAAAUACUGCUAAUCACGAAUUUUUGAAAUUAAAAGUUUAAAAAUAAAAACUAUCAGCUUUCUUAAAAUGACAUAUGCCUGGCUUUCAUGGGCUCUUGUUCUAUAAAUAUUGUAAUAUAAAGACCUGCUGACCUGUCCACUAUUUUGGUCUUUAUUAUCAACAUAUUAAAAUAUACAUCAAAUCAAUUGUAAAAUAUCAAAAAAAAAAAAAAUCAAAAAUCAUUUAUUUCAAGUAGGCUCAGUUUACAAGCACUUUUGACACGUCAGUUGACUAUUUGUAAAGAUUCUACCACCGGUUCGGAAGGCAGGUUCUGCUGAGAAGAUACCGGCAAGAAACUCAACAGUUGCUCUUUUGAAAAAGUCAUACACUAUUAUAAUUUACAAUUGAUAACAAUUACUGUUUACAUUUCUUAUAGUUUUACUUCCUGUGUGAAGGUGGAAGCUGAUCCAACGGCCUCCAAGCAUCUUUAUCAUCUAUAUCAUCUACCUACUGUAUGAUAUCCACUAGACACCGUAUGACAUUUGUUACAUAGAAUCUCGUAUUCGUAUUUAAGUCAACUAGCAUACAUCAAUGACGGUGAAUUAACCUGCUGAGGUAAUAAAAAAAAUAUAUUAAAACAACGAAAUCCGCACGGACGAAGACACAAGUCUCCGCUAGUAAUACAUAGAAAUUAUGCAAUAAUCACAAUAUCUUGUAAGGGGCACUUUAAACUUAAUUUUAUCAGAUAUUUAAAGAUAUAACACAUAUUUUAUCGUAAUGUUAAUAAAAAGAUAGUAAUGAUAAAUCAACAAAAAUAUUAUUCUAAAGAACCAACUUUAUCGUUCUUGUGUGUUUAUGUUAUUUCGAUUUCAAAAUGGAAGAAAAACUUAUUAAUCAAUACCCAUACAAUAUUGAAAAAUUAGAUCAACUAGAAAAUGAGGAGUUAAAAGAAUAUUUUACAGGUACGAAAAAACUGAAUGCAUUGUGAGUAACCACGU